UCAAGAAGACUCUCUAAACUGGAUCCUCGCUCACGUUCUUCCUCCAGUUGUAUUGCGCCGCUGAAGUUGGCACCGAAGCAGGGGCUAAUGUAUCUAUACAGGAAUUUCGGUAACCUAAUGGAGGCCUGGGUAGCUGAGCAAAGCCCAGACCCGCAGUUGCUGGAGGAUAUUCCCGAAGGAUCCCCCGCACGUUCUUCGUUUUCUUCUUCGGGCUUGGAGAAAAAUGUGCGAACAGAAUCAGUGGACUCUGGAGUGGAGAUAGCCAGCACUGACACUUUCUUUCCAACCUCGUCAUUGUCCACGGAUAUGGCAGAGAUGGACUCUUUUGCGUCAGGGAAAGGGAAUGACAGCUACAUGGAGUUUUCUUCAAUUCGAUCUGCUUCGCUGCCAUCUUAUCUGUCACUACCUGAUUUCUCCCAGCCUACCAGUCCAAGCAGAGUUCAGAGAUAUGCGGUCUUUAACCAAAAAGUGAAGCAAGCCCUCCUGAGAUCAGAAUCCAGGCGACUAUCUGAGGCCCAUGCAGCUGAUCAACACUUUCAAACAGCUUCCCUGCACAGUCCCGCCAUGCUGAGAUCCGAGAGUUUUGGCUCAUUGAACCCCGCCAGCCCAUCAGUACCGGCGUGGCCGAUAUCUGAGAUGAGCAAGCAGAUGCUGCCUUCGACAAGCAGGAUGGAGCUAAUGCAGGACCACGGUGAGGUGGCAUCCACGGGCCUGAGUCCUGGGUUUAGGUACUUGGAGCAGGUGUGCCAAAUGUUGGAGGACAUCGCCAAGGAACAACUUGCUAAUGGUGGCUACCACGUGGACAGGGCUGAUAGUCAGGCCUGCAACAGCUGUCAAUCAUCAGACCAGCCUCUUUCUUUUCAUGGUCCUAGGCUGGAGCACUUUUCCAAGAAGAAGAAACUACUCAAAGAAUCUCCUUUUGGAAAUUUUCGUCAGAGAUCAGCUUCAGAUACAUCGAUACAUCUACGAAAUUUAAACCUAGGCUUCAGCAGGCAGCAAAUGAGUACAUUCAACUUACUGGACAAGCAAGCUAAGGACACUAACAUACAGGAGGACAUAGCACCUAAAGGCAAAAAGAACCGAAAGAUCAAGAUCGUGUCGCAAAAGAGAGGCGAGUCUAGUCUCCCAGAUAGAAAUAGCCAAAUGAUGCAGUCUUCUGAAAGAAACACCGCUCGACGACAUCUCAGCCAACUGUUCAAGAAUAGAUGGAAAACUCUUCCUGUUUCUACCACGCAGUGACACGACAGGAACAUUUUAGCUGAAGAUGUCUCAGGAUAAUGUACAACGUACAUACAGUCAUUGUAAUAUACACAUUUGUCUUACAUUCUGACUGUAUUACAGUAUUUUGUAACAUGUACAUUUGUAACAUACACUACCUUUAUUUACAAAUAUUGAUUUGGUGUGUAAAACAUAUGCAAUAUUGACAGAAUAUAGUAAUUAUUUCAUCGUGUUCAUUUGCAACCUACAACACUUUCCUGCUAUGUGAAGUCUAUACUAUGUAGAUAAAAGUAGUGAGACAGGUGCCGCUGACUGAUUGUCUCAAGACUUUUGUGUAUACGGUAAAUGAGCGUUUCCCUUAAAAUAAUAAUAAAAAAAACAUUAU